AUGCAAAACAUAUAUCAAAAUCCAGCUGCACUGGCACAGCAGACCGCAUUGGAAAGAAGAGUGAAAGUCAGCGUGAAAGGUUGGCAAAAUGCUACUAAACAAGACCUUGUCAGUUUCGUAAGCCGCAAAGCACGGAUUGCCAUCAUGGACUCUACGGUAGAAGGCAACUUAGUCGUGGGGUUUGUAAAUAACCGUACUGAUGCACAGUCAUUACUGAAUUGGAAUGGCGUGCGUUUUGCCGGAAACUCUCUGAAAUUCGAAAUUCUGGGCGACAAUUCGGGAGCUGCUGGCACUUCAAGCACCAUAACGCUAUUAAAAGCAUUCCUGUACAAGCGGUAUAAUCCACAAGCGAAAAUGUUGGAUCUGGGCAAUCUUCGGGAAGAUCCGGAUCUUAUUACCAAUGGGCUGUUCUCAUCGCCUUCUACCCAGGCUAAGAUUUUUCCCGCCAUGAUGAAAUUAGCUUCCAAGGAAUCGCAGCUAAUUGUUGAAUCCGUCAAUUUAUCGAAUAAUCAACUAAGAGACUUGAACAUGAUCUCGUCAUUGGCACAGGCAUAUCCAAAUUUGAAAAACUUGUGUCUAGCAAACAAUCAAAUCUCGCGGUUUAGAGCUCUCGAAGUUUGGAAAAACAAAUUCAAGGAAUUGCGCGAGCUUCUAAUGAUGAAUAACCCGAUCAACACAGAGCCACUAUACCGAUCCGAGAUGCUGAGACUUUUCCCCAAACUAGUAAUAUUGGACAGCAUUGUGCUCCGGGAUGAAAAUAAGUUACAGCAAGUUUAUUCUAUUCCUAUGAAGCUUCAACAAUUCUUUUUUGAGACGAAUGAACUAGGUCAGUCGUCUAUUGAUUUUGUAUCCAAUUUCUUGACACUUUGGGAUACCAAUAGAAGUCAGCUAAUGGCUUUGUAUACACCUCAAUCACAGUUUUCAGUGGCCAUUGAUUCUUCAGUUCCAAUCUCCAGUGUACCAAAUUCUGAUCAAAAUCCCACCUUUGGACAUUAUUUACCGCUAUCCCGUAACCUGACUAAAGUUUCAAGCGACAGAACAAAGCAGCAAAGGCUUGCUCUCGGCCAAGAUGCCAUUGACAAAAUGUUUAAGUCUUUACCUAAGACUAAGCACUUUUUGCAGGAACAGGCAACAAGUUACUCUGUGGAGGCUUUCUCUUAUGCGCAAGUACAAGGAUUCAUUAUUAUCUUGCAUGGGUUUUUUGAGGAAACUGCUGCUCCAGAAAUUGAUGCAAACAAAUCCACACCCAAUUCGGCUGGUGGCAGAAAUAGACGUUUCAACCACGGUCACACUAAUGCCACUAAUAAGUUGGCCAAAAAAUCAUUUGAUAGAACUUGGGUCAUCGUACCUUCUCAGGGUAGCGUGAUUGUUGCUUCAGAUUUACUUACUAUCAGACCAUACGCCGACGGAUCCUGGGUACCACGAGAAGUUCCACAGCAGGUUCCGCAACAGGCCCAUCCGCAAAACCCACAACAGCCGAUUCCAGCAACGGUACCACAGCCCCAAAUGCAACCUACAAUGACAAAUAUUCCUGCACAGGGCUUGGCCGCACCUCUGUUACUCCCACCUGAGGUUCAGGCCAAAUUGAACCCACUUCAGCUGGAAAUUCUCAACAAACUGCAUCAACAAACUAAACUCAAUGCUGAAUACACCUAUAUGUUAGCAGAACAAAGCGGCUGGAAUUUUGAUGUGGCUAUUAAGGGAUUUCAGGAGAGUGUAAACAACAUUCCAAGAGAAGCUUUUGUCUGA